AUGCGUGUGGUCUUCUUUCCUGUAUCGUUCUAUGUCAUCUUGUCCAGGAACAAGAGCUUGCCUGCCUUCCGCGCCAUCUCUCCUCCGUUUCAAACUCGAUCAAACGAAUCCAACGAGACGGGCACCGAGUCACUGCAGAUCGGGAGAGAUGGCGCGGAAGGCAGGCAAGCUCUUGCUCCUGGACAAGACGACACCGGAAAGAAGACCACACGCAUCUCCUGUUCGUCCCGCGCAGGCAUGCAGUUCCCUGUUGGCCGUAUCCAUCGUUACCUGAAGAACAUGGGGACUCGCCGUGUUAGUACUAAUACGGCUGUCUACAUGGCUGCCGUCCUGGAGUUUCUGGCAGCUGAUAUUCUGGAGGUGGCUGGAAAUGUUAUUAAGGAACAUAAGGUGAAGCGUAUCAAGCCUCGCCAUAUUCAGCUGACCAUCAGUGGCGAUACAGAGCUCCAAAAGCUCAUCACGGCUACCAUCCCUGGUGGAGGUGUGUACCCGCACAUCCAGAAGGUCCUGAUCGACAAGUUCAUCAAAGAGUGA